AUGAUUAAUGAAACUAAAAUAGAUUAUAUAACCGAUCGACGUGAAAAAGGCUUUAAUUCAGUUUAUGUAAAGGAAGAGCCUGAAAAUAAUGCGAGAAAAUCUUCACGCCUUCAACCAAAUCAGUAUAACGUUGGUCAAUGUCGAGAGUAUUGUUGGUUGGAUUUACAUGGAUUACAUUUUGAAUUCUUGGAAUUGGUUGAGGAUUCAUGGUGA